GCAGAGGAAGAAGAGGAGGAGGAGAAGGAGGAGGCGGGGGCGGAGGCGGGGGACAAAGAGCGCAGCAUCAGUCGGCGCACGGUGCGCGGCUGCCGGGGGCAGCAGCGGCGCUGGAGGCUGGAACACCGCCGACGCCCCGGGAGCCAUGGCCGAAGGAGGCGACGGCGGCGAGGACGAGAUCCAGUUCCUGCGGACCGAAGAUGAAGUGGUUCUGCAGUGCAUUGCCAACGUUCAUAAGGAACAAAGGAAGUUCUGCCUGGCAGCCGAGGGACUUGGGAAUCGCCUGUGCUUCUUGGAACCCACCUCAGAAGCAAAGUAUAUUCCUCCAGAUCUGUGCAUCUGCAAUUUUGUGCUGGAACAGUCUCUGUCUGUCAGAGCCCUGCAGGAAAUGCUUGCCAACACAGGUGAAAAUGGUGGCGAAGGGGCAGCACAAGGGGGUGGCCACAGGACCUUGUUAUAUGGCCAUGCAAUUCUCCUGCGGCACUCUUUCAGUGGAAUGUAUCUAACAUGUUUGACCACGUCAAGAUCCCAGACAGAUAAACUUGCCUUUGAUGUAGGUCUCCGGGAACAUGCCACAGGAGAAGCCUGCUGGUGGACCAUACAUCCUGCUUCCAAACAGAGAUCUGAGGGGGAGAAGGUGCGCAUCGGCGAUGACCUUAUCCUCGUCAGUGUGUCCUCUGAGAGAUACCUUCAUCUCUCGAUAUCCAAUGGGAACAUACAAGUGGAUGCCUCCUUCAUGCAAACCCUCUGGAAUGUACACCCUACGUGCUCGGGAAGCAGCAUCGAAGAAGGAUAUCUACUCGGUGGGCAUGUGGUACGUCUUUUUCAUGGUCAUGAUGAGUGUUUGACAAUACCAUCCACAGACCAGAAUGAUCCCCAGCACAGGAGAGUAUUCUAUGAAGCCGGGGGAGCCGGGAGGAGAGCCAGGUCCCUGUGGAGAGUGGAACCCCUUCGGAUAAGCUGGAGUGGCAGUAACAUCAGAUGGGGCCAAGCUUUCCGACUCCGACAUCUUACCACAGGCCACUACCUAGCUUUGACGGAGGACCAAGGCCUUCUGCUGCAAGACCGGGGAAAGUCAGACACCAAGUCCACAGCCUUCUCUUUUCGAGCAUCAAAGGAAAUCAAGGAGAAAUUGGAUUCGAGUCACAAGCGAGAUAUGGAAGGCAUGGGGGUUCCAGAAAUCAAGUAUGGAGACUCGGUCUGCUUUGUCCAGCAUGUAGCCAGUGGGCUCUGGGUCACCUACAAAGCACAAGAUGCCAAAACAUCCCGCCUGGGACCUCUGAAAAGAAAGGUCAUUCUCCACCAGGAAGGCCACAUGGAUGAUGGAUUAACACUGCAGAGAUGCCAGCGCGAGGAGUCCCAGGCUGCUCGGAUCAUCAGGAACACGACAGCCUUAUUCAGCCGGUUUGUCAGUGGAAACAAUCGCACAGCUGCCCCCAUCGCUCUGCCGACAGAAGAAGUCCUGCAGACCUUACAGGACUUGAUCGCCUACUUCCAGCCUCCGGAGGAAGAGAUGAAGCAUGAAGACAAGCAGAACAAGCUGCGCUCCCUCAAAAACCGGCAGAAUCUUUUCAAGGAAGAGGGCAUGUUGGCUCUUGUGUUAAACUGCAUUGAUCGCUUGAAUAUCUACAACAGUGUAGCCCACUUGACAGGGAUUGCCAGGGAAGAGAGUGGAAUGGCCUGGAAAGAAAUUCUGAACCUCCUGUACAAGCUGCUGGCUGCUCUCAUUCGUGGAAACAGAAACAACUGCGCACAAUUCUCCAAUAACCUUGACUGGUUAAUCAGUAAAUUGGACAGGCUAGAAUCUUCCUCAGGUAUCUUAGAGGUUUUGCACUGUAUCUUGAUUGAAAGUCCAGAAGCCUUAAACCUGAUAGCAGAAGGUCACAUCAAGUCCAUCAUCUCUCUGCUGGAUAAACAUGGACGGAAUCACAAGGUUCUGGAUGUCCUGUGCUCACUCUGUCUUUGCAAUGGGGUUGCAGUAAGAGCCAACCAAAACCUGAUCUGUGACAACUUACUGCCCCGGAGAAACCUGCUCCUGCAGACACGGCUAAUUAAUGAUGUGACCAGUAUUCGACCAAACAUCUUCCUGGGAGUUGCUGAAGGCUCAGCCCAGUACAAGAAAUGGUACUAUGAGCUAAUUAUCGACCAAGUGGACCCCUUCCUGACAGCAGAGCCCACACACCUGCGGGUGGGCUGGGCCUCCUCCUCAGGCUAUGCACCUUACCCAGGAGGAGGAGAAGGAUGGGGAGGCAAUGGUGUUGGUGACGACCUGUAUUCCUACGGGUUCGACGGGCUUCAUCUCUGGUCAGGCAGGAUACCCAGGGCUGUGGCCUCCAUCAACCAGCACCUGCUGCGAUCAGAUGAUGUGGUGAGCUGCUGUCUGGACCUGGGCGUUCCUAGCAUCUCUUUCCGCAUCAAUGGGCAGCCUGUGCAAGGCAUGUUUGAGAACUUCAACACCGACGGCCUCUUCUUCCCUGUGAUGAGCUUUUCAGCAGGUGUCAAAGUACGUUUCCUUAUGGGUGGACGCCAUGGAGAAUUUAAGUUCCUGCCUCCCUCUGGCUAUGCCCCUUGCUAUGAAGCCUUACUUCCAAAAGAGAAGAUGCGAUUGGAGCCUGUCAAGGAAUACAAACGUGAUUCUGAUGGCGUGAGAGACCUGCUGGGUACCACACAGUUCCUUUCCCAAGCUUCUUUUAUCCCGUGCCCCAUUGACACCAGUCAGGUUGUUUUGCCACCUCACCUAGAGAAGAUCCGAGACAGAUUGGCUGAGAACAUCCAUGAGCUUUGGGGAAUGAAUAAAAUAGAGCUCGGCUGGACUUUUGGCAAGAUACGAGAUGACAAUAAAAGACAACACCCCUGCCUCGUCGAGUUUUCAAAGCUCCCUGAAACUGAGAAGAAUUAUAACCUGCAGAUGUCAACUGAAACCUUAAAAACUCUCCUGGCUCUGGGCUGCCACAUCGCUCAUGUUAACCCAGCUGCUGAGGAGGACCUCAAGAAGGUCAAACUGCCCAAAAACUACAUGAUGACCAAUGGCUAUAAGCCAGCCCCUUUGGAUUUGUCUGAUGUGAAACUGUUACCGCCUCAAGAAAUUUUAGUGGACAAGCUGGCAGAAAAUGCACACAAUGUUUGGGCAAAAGACAGAAUAAAACAAGGAUGGACCUAUGGCAUUCAGCAGGACUUGAAGAACAAAAGAAAUCCCCGUCUGGUGCCAUAUGCAUUGCUGGAUGAGCGUACAAAGAAGUCAAACAGGGACAGCCUGCGUGAGGCCAUCCGGACGUUUGUCGGUUAUGGGUACAACAUUGAGCCAUCAGACCAAGAGCUUGCGGAUCCAACUGUAGAGAAAGUCAGUGUAGACAAGAUUCGGUUUUUCCGGGUAGAGCGGUCUUACGCAGUGAGAUCUGGAAAGUGGUAUUUCGAGUUUGAAGCAGUGACUGGAGGAGACAUGCGAGUUGGCUGGGCCAGGCCAGGCUGCCGGCCGGACAUUGAGCUGGGGGCUAUGACCAGGCCUUUGUGUUUGAAGGCAGCAGGGGCCAGCGCUGGCAUCAAGGGAGUGGGUAUUUUGGGAACCUGGCAGCCAGGCGAUGUGGUCGGAUGCAUGAUUAACCUGGAUGAUGCCUCAAUGAUCUUCACACUGAAUGGGGAGCUGCUGAUCACCAACAAAGGCUCUGAACUUGCCUUCGCUGACUAUGAGAUUGAGAAUGGGUUUGUGCCCAUCUGCUGCCUGGGGCUGUCUCAAAUUGGCCGCAUGAAUCUUGGGACAGAUGCCAGUACCUUCAAGUUUUAUACCAUGUGUGGCCUCCAAGAGGGCUUUGAGCCUUUUGCCGUCAACAUGAACCGAGAUGUUGCCAUGUGGUUCAGCAAGCGCCUGCCGACAUUCGUCAAUGUGCCGGAGGAUCAUCCACACAUAGAGGUCGCAAGGAUCGAUGGCACCAUGGACAGCCCUCCAUGCCUCAAGGUGACCCACAAGACGUUUGGUACCCAGAACAGCAAUGCCAACAUGAUCUACUGCCGUCUGAGCAUGCCUGUUGAGUGCUACUCCUCCUUCAGCCACAGUCCCUGUCUGGACAGCGAUGCUUUCCAGAAAAGGAAACAGAUGCAAGAAAUACUCUCUCCUACAACAACACAAUGCUACUAUGCCAUCCGCAUCUUCGCAGGACAGGACCCCUCCUGCGUCUGGGUUGGAUGGGUGACUCCAGACUAUCACUUGUACAGUAAAAAGUUUGACCUGAAUAAAAACUGUACAGUGACUGUCACCCUCGGGGACGAGAGAGGUCGGGUCCAUGAAAGUGUGAAACGCAGCAACUGCUACAUGGUGUGGGGUGGAGACAUUGUGGCUAGUUCUCAAAGAUCAAGUCGAAGCAACGUGGACCUGGAGAUCGGCUGCCUUGUGGAUCUGGCAAUGGGCAUGUUGUCCUUCUCAGCUAAUGGGAAAGAACUUGGAACCUGCUACCAGGUGGAACCCAACACCAAAGUGUUUCCAGCUGUCUUCUUGCAGCCUACAAGCACUUCUCUGUUUCAGUUUGAACUUGGGAAGCUAAAGAAUGCAAUGCCUUUGUCUGCGGCCAUAUUUAAGAGUGAGGAGAAAAACCCAGUCCCCCAGUGUCCUCCUCGGCUGGACGUCCAAACCAUCCAGCCGGUGCUCUGGAGCCGCAUGCCCAACAGCUUCCUGAAGGUGGAGAUAGAGCGGGUAAGCGAGCGCCACGGCUGGGCAGUCCAGUGCCUGGAGCCCCUGCAAAUGAUGGCGCUGCACAUCCCAGAGGAGAACAGAUGUGUGGACAUCCUGGAGCUCUGUGAGCAGGAAGACCUGAUGCGAUUCCACUAUCACACACUGAGGCUGUACAGCGCCGUGUGUGCCCUGGGAAACAGUCGCGUUGCCUAUGCUCUGUGCAGCCACGUGGAUCUCUCUCAGCUCUUCUAUGCCAUUGACAACAAGUAUCUCCCAGGCCUCCUGCGGUCUGGUUUCUUUGACCUGCUCAUCAGCAUCCACUUAGCCAAUGCUAAGGAGAGGAAGCUGAUGAUGAAGAAUGAGUACAUCAUCCCCAUCAACAGCACCACCAGGAAUAUCUGCUUAUACCCAGAUGAGUCCAAAAGGCAUGGGCUGCCUGGAGUGGGUCUGAGAACGUGUCUGAAGCCAGGCUUCAGGUUCUCUACCCCGUGCUUCGUCGUGACCAGUGAGGAGCACCAGAAACAGAGCCCUGAGAUCCCCUUGGAGAUUCUCAAGACGAAGGCACUGAGCAUGCUGACUGAAGCAGUGCACUGUAGUGGGGCCCACAUCCGAGACCCUGUUGGGGGAUCCAUCGAGUUCCAGUUCGUGCCUGUACUGAAGCUCAUUGGAACCCUGCUGGUCAUAGGCGUUUUUGAUGAUGAUGACGUUCGCCAGAUCCUGCUCCUGAUUGAUCCCUCUGUGUUUGGGGAGCAUGGAGGGGAGACAGAAGAGGGAGCAGAGAAGGAGGAAGUGACCCAAGUGGAGGAAAAGGCAGUGGAGGCUGGGGAAAAAGCCAGCAAGGAGGCUCCGGUCAAAGGCUUGCUGCAGACCCGACUACCUGAGUCUGUCAAGCUGCAGAUGUGUGAGCUCCUCAGCUAUCUGUGUGACUGUGAGCUGCAGCACCGAGUGGAGGCCAUCGUGGCAUUUGGUGACAUUUAUGUCUCCAAGCUGCAGGCAAAUCAGAAGUUCCGCUACAAUGAGCUCAUGCAGGCUCUGAACAUGUCUGCAGCCCUCACUGCCCGGAAGACCAGGGAGUUCCGCUCACCCCCACAGGAGCAGAUCAACAUGCUUCUCAACUUUCAACUGGGAGAGAACUGCCCCUGCCCAGAGGAGAUCCGAGAGGAGCUGUACGACUUCCAUGAGGACCUGCUCCUUCACUGCGGGGUUCCUUUGGAGGAAGAGAAGGAGGAGGAGGAGGACACCUCCUGGACAGGAAAGCUGUGUGCCUUGGUGCACAAAAUCAAAGCUCCAUCCAAGCCAGAGAAGGAGCAACCAGCAGAGGAAGAGGAGAGAUGCCCUGCAACACUGAAGGAACUGGUGUCACAGACAAUGAUCCACUGGGCCCAGGAAGACCAGAUCCAGGAUGCAGAGCUGGUCCGCAUGAUGUUCAACUUGCUCCGGAGGCAGUAUGACAGCAUUGGGGAGCUCCUGCAGGCGUUGCGGAAGACCUACACCAUCAGCCAGGCCUCUGUGAGCGACACCAUUAACCUGCUGGCUGCCCUGGGCCAGAUCCGGUCGCUGCUCAGUGUCAGGAUGGGCAAGGAAGAGGAGCUGCUCAUGAUCAAUGGGCUGGGGGACAUCAUGAACAACAAGGUGUUUUACCAGCACCCCAACCUCAUGAGAGUUCUGGGCAUGCAUGAGACAGUGAUGGAGGUGAUGGUGAACGUGCUGGGUACAGAAAAAUCACAGAUUGCUUUCCCAAAGAUGGUUGCUAGCUGUUGCCGCUUCCUUUGUUAUUUCUGUCGAAUUAGCCGGCAAAAUCAGAAGGCGAUGUUUGAGCAUCUGAGUUACCUGCUAGAGAACAGCAGUGUGGGCCUAGCCUCCCCAUCGAUGAGGGGGUCCACCCCAUUGGACGUGGCUGCCUCCUCUGUCAUGGACAACAACGAAUUAGCACUGGGACUAGAAGAACCCGACCUUGAGAAGGUGGUGACCUACUUGGCAGGCUGUGGCCUACAGAGCUGCCCUAUGCUUCUGGCCAAAGGAUACCCAGACGUUGGCUGGAAUCCCAUUGAAGGGGAGCGCUACCUGUCCUUCCUGAGGUUUGCCGUCUUUGUGAACAGUGAGAGUGUGGAAGAAAAUGCUAGUGUUGUGGUCAAGCUGCUCAUCAGACGCCCCGAGUGCUUUGGCCCCGCCCUGCGGGGUGAAGGAGGAAAUGGCCUGUUGGCAGCCAUGCAAGGAGCCAUCAAGAUCUCGGAGAACCCAGCUCUCGACCUCCCUUCUCAGGGAUAUAAGAGAGCAGUCACAGAAGACCGUGAAGAGGAAGAAGAGAUUGUGUAUAUGGGCAACGCAAUUAUGUCGUUUUAUUCUGCCCUGAUAGAUCUCCUGGGCCGCUGUGCUCCUGAAAUGCAUCUUAUCCAGACGGGAAAAGGGGAAGCCAUCCGCAUCCGGUCCAUCUUGCGCUCCCUGGUCCCCACGGAGGACCUGGUUGGGAUCAUCAGCAUCCCACUGAAACUGCCCUGCCUCAAUAAAGAUGGGUCAGUCAGCGAGCCCAACAUGGCAGCCAACUUUUGCCCUGACCACAAGGCACCCAUGGUACUGUUCUUGGACCGCGUUUAUGGCAUUAAAGAUCAAACUUUUCUGCUCCAUUUACUGGAGGUUGGGUUUUUGCCUGAUUUGAGAGCCUCUGCCUCUCUAGAUACAGUGUCCCUCAGCACCACAGAGGCUGCACUGGCGCUCAACAGGUAUAUAUGCUCUGCGGUGCUCCCGCUGCUUACGAGGUGCGCCCCACUGUUUGCCGGGACGGAGCACUGCACCUCCCUGAUUGAUUCCACGCUGCAGACCAUUUACAGGCUCUCCAAGGGGCGGUCCCUCACCAAAGCACAGAGGGAUACCAUAGAGGAAUGUCUGCUGGCCAUUUGCAAUCACUUGAGGCCUUCUAUGUUACAACAACUCCUGCGACGUCUGGUUUUUGAUGUACCACUACUCAACGAAUACUGCAAAAUGCCUCUGAAGCUUCUGACGAAUCACUAUGAGCAGUGCUGGAAGUAUUACUGUCUGCCUUCAGGAUGGGGGAGCUAUGGGUUGGCCGUGGAGGAGGAGUUGCACCUCACAGAGAAGCUCUUCUGGGGAAUUUUUGACUCCCUCUCCCAUAAGAGGUACGACCCAGAUCUAUUCCGAAUGGCCUUGCCUUGCCUCAGUGCUAUCGCUGGGGCCUUGCCACCAGAUUAUUUAGAUACCAGAAUCACAGGCACACUGGAGAAACAGGUCUCUGUGGAUGCAGAUGGAAACUUUGACCCCAAACCCAUCAACACGAUGAAUUUUUCCUUGCCUGAAAAAUUGGAAUACAUUGUCACCAAGUAUGCUGAGCAUUCACAUGAUAAAUGGGCCUGUGACAAGAGUCAGAAUGGAUGGAAAUAUGGAAUUUCCCUGGAUGAAAAUGUGAAGACCCACCCACUGAUAAGGCCUUUCAAGACACUAACAGAAAAGGAGAAAGAAAUUUAUCGUUGGCCUGCCAGAGAGUCUCUGAAAACCAUGCUGGCCGUGGGCUGGACUGUGGAGAGGACCAAGGAGGGAGAAGCUUUGGUUCAACAACGAGAAAAUGAGAAACUUCGCAGUGUGUCCCAGACCAGCCAGGGCAACAGCUACAGCCCUGCUCCCCUGGACCUCUCGAAUGUUGUACUCUCCAGGGAGCUCCAGGGAAUGGUGGAGGUAGUGGCUGAGAACUACCACAAUAUCUGGGCCAAAAAGAAGAAGCUGGAACUCGAGAGCAAAGGUGGUGGCAGUCACCCUCUUUUGGUACCAUAUGAUACCUUGACUGCAAAGGAAAAAUUCAGGGACCGAGAGAAGGCACAAGACCUGUUUAAAUUCCUCCAAGUGAAUGGCAUUAUAGUUUCUAGAGGUAUGAAGGGUAUGGAGCUGGAUGCCUCCUCCAUGGAAAAGAGGUUUGCCUACAAAUUUUUGAAGAAGAUCCUGAAAUAUGUUGAUUCUGCUCAAGAAUUCAUUGCUCACUUGGAAGCCAUUGUCAGCAGUGGGAAAACUGAGAAGUCUCCACAUGACCAAGAGAUCAAAUUCUUUGCCAAAGUUCUCCUCCCACUAGUUGACCAGUACUUCACCAAUCACCGCCUCUACUUUCUAUCAUCUCCUCUGAAGCCCCUCAGUAGCAGCGGUUAUGCCUCCCAUAAGGAGAAAGAAAUGGUGGCCAGCCUGUUCUGCAAACUUGCUGCUCUUGUUAGACACAGGAUUUCCCUCUUCGGGAGUGAUUCUGCUACAAUGGUGAGCUGUCUUCACAUCUUAGCUCAGACCCUUGACACAAGGACAGUCAUGAAGUCAGGCUCAGAGCUGGUGAAGGCUGGGUUGCGAGGAUUCUUUGAAAAUGCUGCAGAAGACUUAGAGAAGACUUCGGAAAACCUGAAGCUUGGGAAGUUUACCCACUCCAGAACACAGAUCAGAGGGGUUUCCCAGAAUAUCAAUUAUACCACAGUGGCUCUGCUCCCCAUCCUGACAUCCAUCUUUGAACAUGUGGCUCAGCAUCAGUUUGGGGUGGAUCUGCUCCUGGGUGACGUGCAGAUCUCCUGCUACCACAUACUGUGCAGCCUUUACUCCCUUGGGACAGGAAAAAACAUCUAUGUUGAGAGGCAACGCCCUGCCCUUGGAGAAUGUCUGGCUUCACUGGCAGCUGCCAUACCAGUGGCAUUCCUGGAGCCCACCCUUAACCGCUAUAAUCCUCUCUCAGUCUUCAACACCAAAACCUCCAGGGAGAGAUCUAUUCUAGGGAUGCCAGACACGGUAGAGAAGAUGUGUCCUGAUAUCCCCCAUCUGGACAUCCUCAUGAAGGAGAUCAAUGAGCUGGCCGAGUCUGGGGCCCGGUACACAGAGAUGCCCCACGUCAUCGAGGUGAUCUUGCCCAUGCUCUGCAACUACCUGUCCUACUGGUGGGAGCGAGGGCCGGAGAACCUGCCUCCCAGCACCGGGCCCUGCUGCACUCAGGUCACCUCUGAACACCUCAGCCUCAUCCUGGGCAACAUCUUGAAAAUAAUCAACAACAACCUAGGCAUUGAUGAGGCCUCCUGGAUGAAGCGGAUUGCAGUGUUCGCCCAGCCAAUCAUCAGCAAAGCCAGACCCGACCUGCUGCGAAGCCACUUCAUCCCCACUCUGGAGAAGCUGAAAAAGAAGGCCGUCAAGACGGUGCAGGAGGAGGAGCAACUGAAAGCCGACGGCAAGGGGGACACCCAGGAGGCAGAGCUGCUCAUCCUGGAUGAGUUCGCAGUGCUCUGCAGAGAUCUCUAUGCCUUCUACCCUAUGCUCAUCCGCUAUGUGGACAACAACAGAUCUAACUGGCUCAAAAGUCCAGAUGAUGAUUCUGACCAGCUGUUUCGCAUGGUGGCAGAGGUCUUCAUCCUGUGGUGUAAAUCUCAUAACUUCAAGAGAGAAGAGCAAAAUUUUGUGAUUCAAAACGAAAUUAACAAUUUGGCAUUUUUAACUGGAGACAGCAAAAGCAAGAUGUCAAAAGCCAUGCAAGUAAAGUCUGGAGGACAGGACCAAGAACGGAAGAAGACAAAGCGGAGGGGAGACUUGUAUUCUAUCCAGACCUCUCUCAUCGUGGCUGCACUCAAGAAAAUGCUGCCCAUUGGUCUGAAUAUGUGCACCCCGGGAGACCAGGAGCUGAUCUCCCUUGCAAAAUCACGAUACAGCUGUAGGGAUACAGAUGAAGAGGUCAAGGAACAUCUGCGGAAUAACUUGCAUUUGCAAGAGAAGUCCGAUGACCCAGCUGUAAAAUGGCAGCUGAACCUCUAUAAGGACGUUCUGAGGAACGAAGAGCCCGCUACUCCCGAGAGGACGGUGGAGCGUGUGCAGAGAAUCUCAGCAGCCGUCUUCCACCUGGAGCAGGUGGAACAGCCUCUGAGAUCCAAGAAGGCCGUCUGGCACAAACUACUGUCCAAGCAACGGAAACGGGCAGUGGUGGCCUGUUUCAGGAUGGCACCGCUCUACAACCUGCCCAGGCACCGCUCUAUUAACCUCUUCCUCCAUGGCUAUCAGAGAUUCUGGAUAGAAACAGAGGCGUAUUCCUUUGAAGAGAAACUAGUGCAGGAUUUGGCUAAAUCUCCCAAGGUGGAAGAGGAGGAGGAGGAGGAGAUGGAAAAGCAGCCUGACCCACUUCAUCAGAUCAUUCUGCAUUUUAGUCGCAACGCGCUCACGGAGAGGAGCAAACUGGAAGACGACCCUUUAUAUACCUCCUACUCCAGCAUGAUGGCCAAGAGCUGUCAGAGUGCUGAGGAUGAAGAAGAGGAGGACAAGGAAAAGACAUUUGAAGAAAAAGAGAUGGAGAAGCAGAAAACCUUGUAUCAGCAGGCUCGGCUGCACGAGCGUGGCGCCGCAGAGAUGGUCCUGCAGAUGAUAAGUGCCAGCAAAGGUGAGAUGAGCCCCAUGGUGGUGGAGACUCUGAAGCUGGGGAUCGCCAUUCUGAAUGGAGGCAACACUGGGGUGCAACAGAAAAUGCUAGAUUACUUAAAGGAAAAAAAAGAUGCUGGAUUCUUUCAAAGCCUUUCUGGUCUUAUGCAGUCUUGCAGUGUCCUUGAUUUGAACGCAUUUGAGAGGCAGAACAAAGCCGAAGGCUUGGGGAUGGUCACUGAAGAAGGAACACUCAUUGUUCGAGAACGUGGUGAAAAAGUACUCCAGAAUGACGAGUUCACACGAGAUCUCUUCAGAUUCCUACAGUUACUUUGUGAAGGACAUAACAGCGACUUCCAGAACUUCCUUCGGACUCAGAUGGGCAACACCACCACCGUGAACAUCAUCAUCAGCACCGUGGACUACCUGCUGCGUCUGCAGGAAUCAAUCAGUGAUUUCUACUGGUACUAUUCGGGGAAGGACAUCAUCGAUGAAUCUGGACAGCACAAUUUUUCUAAAGCUCUAGCAGUCACCAAGCAGAUUUUUAAUUCUCUUACGGAGUAUAUCCAGGGCCCUUGCAUUGGGAACCAGCAGAGCCUGGCUCACAGCAGGCUGUGGGACGCAGUGGUCGGCUUCCUCCAUGUAUUUGCUAACAUGCAGAUGAAACUCUCUCAGGAUUCCAGUCAGAUCGAGCUGCUGAAGGAACUCUUGGAUCUCCUUCAGGACAUGGUGGUGAUGCUUCUGUCCCUCCUGGAAGGGAAUGUGGUAAAUGGAACUAUUGGCAAGCAAAUGGUUGACACACUGGUAGAAUCAUCUACUAAUGUAGAGAUGAUCUUGAAAUUCUUUGACAUGUUCUUGAAACUUAAAGACUUAACCAGCUCAGACACGUUCAAGGAAUAUGACCCAGAUGGUAAAGGGAUCAUCUCCAAAAAAGAAUUCCAGAAGGCCAUGGAAGGGCAAAAGCAGUACACGCAGUCGGAGAUUGAUUUUCUCCUAUCAUGCGCAGAAGCGGAUGAAAAUGACAUGUUUAAUUACAUUGAUUUUGUGAACCGGUUCCAUGAGCCUGCCAAAGACAUAGGGUUUAAUGUGGCAGUGUUAUUGACAAAUCUUUCUGAGCACAUGCCUAACGAUUCUCGCCUAAAGUGUCUCUUGGACCCCGCAGAGAGUGUGCUGAAUUACUUUGAACCAUACCUAGGACGAAUUGAGAUCAUGGGUGGUGCCAAGAAAAUCGAGCGUGUUUAUUUUGAGAUCAGUGAAUCCAGUCGCACUCAAUGGGAGAAGCCUCAAGUGAAGGAAUCUAAGCGGCAGUUCAUUUUCGAUGUUGUCAACGAAGGUGGAGAGCAAGAGAAGAUGGAGCUCUUUGUGAACUUCUGUGAGGACACGAUCUUUGAGAUGCAGCUGGCAUCUCAGAUCUCUGAAUCUGAUUCAGCUGACAGACCAGAAGAGGAGGAAGAAGAAAACGAUUCUCCAUGUGUGUUAGAAGUGGAGGGUGAGAAGGAGGAAGACAAGCCGCUCGAGCCCGCCUCUGCAUUUGCCCUGGCCUGUGUCUCGGUGAAGAGAAAUGUUUCCAGCCUUCUGAGGAAGGCAACCCUGAGAAACCUCAGGAGGCAGUGCCGGAAUGUGAAGAAGAUGAGCGCGAGGGAGCUGGUGAAGGUGUUCUUCUCCUUUUAUUGGAUGGUUUUCGUGGGGCUGUUCCAGAUGUGCUUUACCAUAUUGGGAGGAAUCUUUCAGGUCCUCUGGAGUACAGUAUUCGGAGGGGGACUUGUAGAAGGGGCAAAAAACAUCAGAGUGACCAAGAUCCUGGGUGACAUGCCAGAUCCAACCCAGUUUGGAAUCCACGACGAUGCCAUGGAGGCUGAGAGGGUGGAUGUGGGUGAGCCAGAUCUCACCGCUGAGCUAGUGCACUGCGUGAGAGAUGAGAAGGGAGACCCGGACAUCAUGUCAGACCUGUUUGGACUCCAUCCAAAGAAAGAAGGGGGCUCAAAGCACGGGCCUGAAGUGGGUUUGGGCGACCUCUCUGAAAUCAUCAGCAAGGAUGAGCCCCCUACGUUAGAGAGUACUGUGCAAAAGAAAAGGAAAGCACAGGCAGCAGAGAUGAAGGUGGCACAUGAAGUGGGAGGAAAAGCAGAAUCUGAGAAGGCUGACAUGGAAGACGGAGAAAAGGGGGACAGAGCCAAAGAGGAAGAGCAAGCAGAGUACCUGUGGGCAGAAGUGACGAAGAGAAAGAAGCGACGGCGUGGUCAGAAGGUUGAGAAACCUGAAGCCUUCAUGGCCAAUUUCUUUAAAGGGCUAGAAAUCUAUCAGACCAAGUUACUGCAUUAUCUGGCCAGAAAUUUCUACAACCUGAGGUUCCUUGCUCUGUUUGUAGCCUUCGCUAUCAACUUCAUCCUGCUUUUUUAUAAGGUCACUGAAGAACCUCUAGAAGAAGAGACUGAGGAUGCUGCAAACCUAUGGAAUUCAUUUAAUGAUGAAGAAGAGGAAGAAGCGAUGGUGUUCUUUGUCCUACAGGAGAGCACCGGGUACAUGGCACCGACACUGCGGGCCCUGGCUGUUGUCCAUACCAUCAUCUCAUUCGUCUGUGUCAUAGGCUAUUACUGCCUGAAGGUCCCUUUGGUGGUGUUCAAAAGGGAGAAAGAAAUUGCCAGGAAGCUGGAGUUUGAUGGCCUGUACAUCACUGAGCAGCCAUCUGAGGACGACAUCAAGGGGCAGUGGGACCGCUUAGUCAUUAACACACCAUCCUUUCCCAAUAACUACUGGGACAAGUUUGUGAAGAGAAAGGUGAUCAACAAGUAUGGAGAUCUCUACGGAGCAGAGCGCAUUGCUGAACUCCUGGGUUUGGACAAAAAUGCCCUUGACUUUAGCCCAGUGGAAGAGAUCAAAGCAGAGGCUGCUUCUCUGGUGUCAUGGCUGAGUUCCAUCGACAUGAAAUACCAUAUCUGGAAGCUGGGAGUUGUUUUCACUGACAACUCCUUUCUCUACCUCGCCUGGUAUACAACCAUGUCGAUCCUGGGCCACUACAACAACUUCUUCUUUGCUGCUCAUUUGUUGGAUAUCGCAAUGGGCUUCAAGACCUUGAGGACGAUUCUGUCAUCUGUAACUCACAAUGGCAAACAGCUGGUUCUGACUGUGGGUCUCCUGGCGGUGGUGGUUUACCUCUACACGGUGGUGGCUUUCAACUUCUUCCGCAAGUUCUACAACAAAAGUGAAGACGACGAUGAUCCCGACAUGAAGUGUGAUGACAUGAUGACGUGUUACCUUUUCCAUAUGUACGUGGGAGUGAGAGCGGGAGGCGGCAUUGGCGACGAGAUUGAAGACCCUGCUGGUGACCCCUAUGAAAUGUACCGCAUUGUCUUUGACAUCACCUUUUUCUUCUUUGUCAUUGUCAUCCUUCUGGCCAUCAUUCAAGGUCUUAUUAUUGAUGCUUUUGGAGAGCUGAGAGACCAGCAGGAACAAGUGCGAGAAGAUAUGGAGACUAAAUGCUUCAUCUGUGGCAUUGGCAAUGACUACUUCGACACAACCCCUCAUGGUUUUGAAACACACACACUGCAAGAGCACAACUUGGCCAACUACUUGUUUUUUCUAAUGUAUCUGAUUAACAAAGAUGAAACAGAGCACACGGGUCAGGAAUCUUAUGUGUGGAAGAUGUACCAAGAAAGGUGCUGGGAUUUCUUUCCAGCUGGGGACUGCUUUCGUAAGCAAUAUGAAGACCAGCUUGGCUAAAUCUGAACAAAGGAUGUGCCACGAUCCUGGAUCGUCAGCUUUCGGUGAAAUAAAACCCUCCUUUUACAGCUCUGCAACAUAUUUGAUAAGUGACACUUUCUAAAUGUCUUCUCUACACGAAGAAAUUUGUUACUUUUGUGAGACUUGGAAGUUGAUUUGGCUUUUUGUGCCUAAUGGACAUAUAGUGUGGGUGACGACCCAUCAAGACGUGAACAACGGAGAAAAGGGGGAGAUGGGGAGGAAUCUCUGCUUGAAUGCCUUCAAAGUUUUUCAGCUCUAAUGUAACUAAUCUGUUGCAAUGGCAGCACUGAUGAAAGGGCCAGAAAAGUCUUGAAUGUCUAAGACCUAAAAUUUUAAACAUCUGAAUGUCAUACAACAGUCUUUCACUAGUGGCUCAUGGUCUGAACUACAUAAAAUCAUGUUAACUGCAGCCUAAUUUUUUCCCAUGGUACUUGCUAGUGACUGUAACCAGAAUCAGCUUGAAAAGCUUUAAGCAGUUAAUGAAAUAGAAAACAAACCAAUACUUUGUUGACACUGAAACAUUGAUUAAGUGCCUUAAAACCUCUUUAGAUAUAGCUAUGCAAGUUUUUUAUGUUUGUGCUCCAGAAGGACAGUUCCAUUAAAUAGUUGUGUUCAGUCUUACUUUCUGAAACUGCACUUGAAGGUUAUUCAUAAUUUUUUCAGUAACAGCUUGCCAAUUGCUGUUAUUAGAAAAGUACUGUACUGAAAAUUCAGAAAAAUCUCAAUCUUAUGCCAAAAUUGAAUAAUGCUUUAGGGUCCCUUGUAAGUAGUGGAGCUGCUAUGUUUUAGGUGAAUUUCUCAAAUAAAAUGAAGUGCCCACGGCAAUAAAAAGUAGUACAUACCA